UGAUAUCACAACCAUAAUUUUAUUUCAUUUCCAAUGAUUAUAUCAAUAUUGCUAAAUUGUAAUGAUGAUAAUCUAUACUAUCAACUGUCAAUAAAAAAAAAGGAUAACCAGGUAGUCGUCUUCGCUGUUAUCACCAUUUUCGUUAUCGUGAAAGGUGUGAUCUUGUUCCCUGUCGUCGUUGUUCCCAUAUUAUUACAUGUAGAAAGAGGUGUCGUCUUUUUUCGAUGGAAUUUCCAUAGUUUUGCCUCUCCACGGCUGUUAUCCAAAUAUCGACUUUUUUUUCUUGUGUUUCUUUCUCUAACGAUGUCGUCCAUUGCAUCCCUGAGGCCACAGUCAACGUUUUUUGCAGAUCUUCAAGUCAGCAAUCAUAACGUAGUGAUAAGAGUCAGACAAGAGAACCAAACCAGAAGAAGAUCAUCAAAAAGAGACAUGUGUAACAGCAUUGAAUUGCCUUUUUUGUCCAGUCGAAUCCAGUUAUAUGUCCAUCUUGUACAUUUAUGUUGUAUUUCCUUCCAAUUGUACACAUUUAAGUGUAAUGUGAUCACUGCACCGCUGCAGUGAAAGUGGGUGACCUGGCGAUAACCAGCCCGGAAUUUGUUGAAUAUAAAAAAAGAAAAGGCGGACCGUAACCACGCAAAUGCGCAUUAGCGACCACGGUCAAGCCCAGAAAGCAAAAAAGAAGUAGGUCAAUUGAGAUACAGGCAAAGGUGGUUGAACUAUAAAAG